GUGAGGGUUGCGAGGCCUCUCUGGAAGUUGUCCCGGGUGUUCGCUGCUGGAGCUCCGGGUCCAGAGGACGAGGUCCCGCUGCCGGGAGGAUCGUCCGCUGCCGCCGGCUCCCGGAGCCCAGCCCUUUCCUAACCCAACCCAACCCUGCCCAGUCCCAGCCGCGAACCCCGGCGUUACCAUGAAUCCUGCCGUCUUCCUAUCCUUACCCGACCUCAGAUGCUCCCUGCUGCUCCUGGUAACCUGGGUUUUUACUCCUGUAACAACUGAAAUAACAAGUCUUGAUACAGAGAAUAUAGAUGACAUUUUAAACAAUGCUGAUGUUGCUUUAGUAAAUUUUUAUGCUGACUGGUGUCGUUUCAGCCAAAUGUUGCAUCCAAUUUUUGAGGAAGCUUCUAAUGUCAUUAAGGAAGAAUAUCCAAAUGAAAAUCAAGUAGUGUUUGCCAGAGUUGAUUGUGAUCAGCACUCUGAUAUAGCCCAGAGAUAUAGGAUAAGCAAAUACCCAACCCUCAAAUUAUUUCGUAAUGGGAUGAUGAUGAAGAGAGAAUACAGGGGCCAGCGCUCAGUGAAAGCUCUUGCAGAUUACAUCAGGCAACAAAAAAGUGACCCCGUUCAAGAACUUCAUGACUUAGCAGAAAUCACCACUCUUGAUCGCAGCAAAAGAAAUAUCAUUGGAUAUUUUGAGCAAAAGGAUUCAGAAAACUAUAGAGUUUUUGAAAGAGUAGCAAAUAUUUUGCACGAUGAUUGUGCCUUCCUUUCUGCAUUUGGAGCUGUUUCAAAACCAGAAAGAUACAGUGGAGACAACAUAAUCUACAAACCACCAGGGCAUUCUGCUCCAGAUAUGGUAUACUUGGGAUCUAUGACAAAUUUCGAUGGGACUUAUAAUUGGAUUCAAGAUAAAUGCGUUCCUCUUGUUCGAGAAAUAACAUUUGAAAAUGGAGAGGAAUUGACAGAAGAAGGACUGCCUUUUCUCAUACUCUUCCACAUGAAAGAAGAUACGGAAAGUUUAGAAAUAUUCCAGAAUGAAGUAGCCCGACAAUUAAUAAGUGAAAAAGGUACAAUAAACUUCUUACAUGCUGACUGUGACAAAUUUAGACAUCCUCUUCUGCACAUACAGAAAACUCCAGCAGAUUGCCCUGUCAUAGCUAUUGACAGCUUUAGGCACAUGUAUGUGUUUGGAGACUUCAGGGAUGUGUUAAUUCCUGGAAAACUCAAGCAGUUCGUAUUUGACUUACAUUCUGGAAAAUUGCACAGAGAAUUCCAUCAUGGUCCUGACCCAACCGAUAUAGCCCCAGGACAGCAAGUCCAAGACGUAGCAAGCAGUCCACCUGAGAGCUCCUUCCAGAAAUUAGCACCCAGCGAAUAUAGGUAUACUUUAUUGAGGGAUCGAGAUGAGCUUUAAAAACUUGAAAAACAAUUUGCAAGCCUUUCAAACAGCAGCAUCAACUUACAUGGUGGAAAUAGUAAACCUAUAUUUUCAUAAUUCUAUGUGUAUUUUUAUUUUGAAUAAACUGAAAGAAGUUUUGGGUUUUUAAUUUUUUUUGCUCCCCCUGACUCAAAAUGCAUUGUCCUUUAAUAUAGCCUCUUUUUAAAAAUCUGUUAGGGAUAAAAAAAUAAAAAUAAAAAUCAGAGGCCUAUCUUUGCUUUAAAUCUGUCCUGUAAAAUUUUUAUAAAUCAAGUGAAAGGUGACUGACAGUACCAGAAACAUACCAUUAACUUGCACUGCUAGGUUAGGGAGGACUUAGGGAUGUCUCCUGUGUAGUAUGUGCUUUUCUUUAUAUACGAUCAAUUCUGUUGGUAUUUUCAUUGUCACAUUUCUCAAAGCUAAGAGGGUAUAUAUUCUGGAUACUUGGGAGGGGAAUAAAUUAAAAUUUUCACACUGUGUACCGUGUUUUACUGAUUGGUCGGAUAUUGCUUAUGAAAAUUCCAUAGUGGUAUUUUUUGGAUUCUUAAUAUGUAACUUAAACAUACUAUGAAGAGGAGGAGAGCCAUAAGCCAGAACAUUUGGCAGAAAUUGUCCUUAUGAAUUAAGAAAAAGAAUAUGAAAAGUGUUAUUAAAUUUCUUUGUGUUUGUCUAACGAAAUGGCAUAUGGAUGGCAUUUAAAACUUUGAAUUAUACCUAAGUCUGAGAUACUAGUAGAGUAGGUUACCAGUAUUGAACCAGAUGACUUUUAAGUCUCCUCCUGUCAUGACACGUGAAUUUCAAAGACAAAAACCAGCAGAGAAAUUGUAUUUCAAUAAUUCUGAUCUUCUAUCUUGUAGAGUCUUGUUAUAGUAGUAUAGAUCAAAAACAAAGACAAGGCACAUAAUGUUUUCAAUUUUUUUCCAUUGUGAAAUUGUCAGAGGACCUACCACCCCCUCUAGAUUCCCUAGGCCUGCAGUGUAUAGUCAAAUGGGUCCCUGUGCCAGGCCUCAAUAGUGCCAGGGAACAAAACCAGAGGGAGAGGACCCUCAGUGUCAUAUCAGGAAGCCCAAUGCCAGAGGACAGACAGGUUCAAAAUUGGCUUUCCUCUGGGCCUGGGUUGGUGCUAUAGGCCAAGAGUCAUUUUAUACUUGGAGUCUAAGUCAAUCCCAGUUUGGGGAAAGAUUAUUUUUAAGCUUAAAAGGCUGACAUGUGCCAUUAUAUGUAGUGUGUAAUAUAUGUAACAUCUUCCAAUUCUUUUAAAAUAAAGUGAAUAUUUAUAAUGCA